AUGCAGCAACAACAACAACAGGAAUUUAUGGCACAAAUGAUGCAGCAGAUGCAAGGUACCCAUCCACCUCCUCAACAAAAUGAUAGGAGUAGGGGCUUCCGAGAGUUUUACCGCAUGAACCCUCCCGAGUUCCAUGGUGAUUCAGACCCUCUUAAGGUUCACGAUUUGCUCAAUAGUGUUGAGAGGAUUUUUGAAGUGACUCCGUGUUCAGAAGAAGACAAAGUGGUUUGUGUUGCUCAGGUGUUACGGGGACCAGCUGCUCGAUGGUGGACAAAUUCUUCCGCCAGGAUGACUACAUUGGGGAUUGAUAGGACUUGGGAGCAUUUUAAGGCAGCCGUAUUGGAAAAGUACUUCCCGGAUAGUUUGAGGGCUCAAAAGGAACUAGAAUUUCAAAUGCUACGCCAAGGCUCCAUGACGGUGGCUCAAUUUGCGGCAAAAUUUGAAGAUAUGGCAACUUACUCUAGUCAGGCUCUCUACGCCCCUAAUGAACGAUGGAAGAUUAACCAAUUUAAGAUCGGACUCCAUGGAGAGAUAGACUACUGUGUGGGACAACAACGUUAUAACACUUAUGCUGAAUUGCUUGAGCAGUGUUACAUCGCGGAGCAGAGCCUAAAGAAGAUUCAGCAAGAGAAAGAACAAGCCAAACCAAGUCAAGAGAAUUAUAAAAGGACAAAUCAGCACUUGAGGCCAAGAGGAGCACCAUCCAAAGGUAAGCCGAACCAGAAUGUUAGACCAUCACACCCGCCUUUUUGUAACAAAUGCAAGCGAAACCAUGUUGGAGGAUGCAAGGGUAGUGAAGGUGUAACAUGCUUUAAUUGCAGUAAGAAAGGGCAUUUUGCUUGGAAUUGUCCAGAUAGGAGCAGUCAAGGAGGGAAUACAGGAAGGGUGUAUACACUUAAUGCAAAGAAGGCGAAGAGCAACAAUGAACUAAUUGUUGGUACGUGUCUAUUAAUAACCAGACUUGUCUUGUUUUGA